CUUAGGAUUGCAAUAAGUCAGAAAUUACUUGAAAAUAUACACAACAACAACAACGGGAGUAUCCAGGAUCUUCCACAAGCAGAAGAACAGCAUAAGUAACAAACUGCAACAGGCAAUCCUUCCCACCCACUGCAUGCAUAUGCUGCUGUAGGAAGUAGAGAGGAUAGUCAUCAAGUGUAUGCCUCGAACUGGUUUUUUCUUUGUUGCCUGACUCCCAUGGGUCCUACUCCACUAGAUAUUCCUGAUGUAUACACACCCACAGCCCAAUUCUGGUCACAUUUACUCCAAAGUAGCUACCACUAUGCUUAGUUGCGUGUCUCCAAAUUGUGUCUGACAUAUAGCAACCUUUUCAUGGGGUUUUCUUGGCAAAAUUUGUUCAGAGGGGUUUUUGUCAUUGCCUUCCUUUGAGGCUGAGAGAGUAUGACUUGCCCAAGGCCACCCAAUGGUUUUCCAUGGCAGAGGGUGGAUUUGAAGCAUGAUCUCAAGAGUUGUAGUACAAAACUCAAACGACUAAACCACACUGACCCUCAUACUCUCAGUUAAAUGUGCACAAGUUCUCCAUUCUACAGCUUAAUCCUCUUAAUGUUUACUCAGAUGUAAGUGCAACUGAAUUCAAUGUAAACAUCAAGUUUUCAGCAGGGACUUUUCUUUCCAGCUGUUUUCAGUGGAUCAUUUCACUCUGGAAAGAUAGCUACUUCCAAUGGCAGCUUUGCUUCAUAUUAUUAGUUUUCUCCAUUAUUGGUUGGGUGGAGCUGAGGUCUUUGAACUGACUGGGUGCCCUUCUGAAUCAUUUGGAGGAUGAUGUGAGUUAAUUGAUGGAGCUAAGUACUGGAUUUCCUAGCCUAUAAAACUUCAGAGGGUGGGGCAUAAUAGUAUUUCCUGGAGCAGUAGAAAAAGGCAAAGAUUUUAUUUGUUUAAACGGAAAAAACGGAUAAGAAAUAAUAGUCAUUGUUUUUAGAGGAAUCUUAGGUAAGUAAGAAGAAAGGUUUCUAAGUGCAUAAUAGAAAAAAAUAGAUAAAGGAUGUGUCUAAAGGUAAGAAUGAAGAAGCAUCAGGAUAAUGUGUAGGAAAUAAAGAAGUAGCGAGUUUACAGGUUGGCUAGCUGGUUUAAUUCAGUAGAGCUUAUUUUGAAGUAAUUCUGCAUAUGAUUACAGCCAGUAAAUUUGUUUUGCAUAAUAUUAUUUGGAUCUUAGCUCUGCAGAGGUUCAAGCCAUAAUCAUAGUUGUGAACCUGGAUGUAAAGAAGGGGGAAACUAUGAGUAGAGAAAAAUGGGAAGUAUUCAUAUGUGUAAAGUGUGUGUGUGUGUGUGUGUGUGUAUAGAGGUCAAGAGCAAAUAUAUUUGGGGGGGCACUUUUUAAAAAAGUAAUUGUUUCUUUUCAUAUUCUAGACUAGACUAGUCCCACAUUAAACAGCCUUUUGCCUGAAGAGAACUGGUUGAAGAUGUUUUUAAUGGGCUCAGAAGCUAUAUUCUACCUAUAUUCCCAUUAGUAGUCUGCGAAAACAGAAAAGGCAUUUGUUAGAGAAAUGCCUUUCUUAGAAGUACAUGAGCAGAGUCAUUUUUCUAUGCACUAAACAGGUAUUCCCUCUCAGCCCAUAUCCCAAUUCUGGCAUCAUAUUCUUAUUUUGGAGGCUUGGGUCAGUUGUUUUUUUGAGAUGUACAGCAUUUACAGUUCUGCAGCUGUAAAAUUAACUGCAACUUGCUGAAUGUCAAAGGCUCUGAAUGAACUUAUGAGUAUUGAGACAUUGGGUUGGGUCCAGAGCAGGGUGGCAGAAUUUAGAGCUCAUUGAAAUGAAUACACUUUCCUUCAUUGUAAUUAACUUUUCAUGUUUGGCAAUGGAAGACAAAUGAAACUAGCCGAUUGUAAACUUAUUUACUUGAGUGGAAAAUUAUUUACGGCCUAUUUAAAAAAAAUCCAAAUGAUUGCUGUCUUUUUAAACAUUAGAGCGUGUUUAAAUAUGUCGUGUCUUUCUCCCAUUACAACUAAAAGAAUGACUUGCCAGAAAAAACAUGGAGUACCUGAAGUAGAUAUGUCAGAAUUGAUGUCUCAUGAGAGUUUAGCUUUGCCCAUGGAGUUGUCACAAGCACCUAGUACUGGAGAGCAUCAGGAAAUGGAGGUGAUGUAUCAGCCGCUGAAAGUAUAUUUGAAAGUGCGACCUUUCUCAAAGGCAGAACUUGAAAACAAUGAAAAUCAGGGCUGCUUAAUUAUUGAAAAUCAAGAGACAGUAACUCUUCAAGCACCCAAAGAAUCAGCCACAAUGAGGAACAGUGACAAGAGGAUUGGACAAUCUGCACAUCAGUUCACUUUCACACGAGUUUUUGGACCAGACACUUCUCAAAGUGAAUUUUUUGAAGGUACAAUGAACGAGAUAGUAAAAGGUUACAUCAGUGGGAUGAAUGGGCUUGUGUUUGCCUAUGGUGUCACGAAUGCAGGCAAAAGUUUCACAAUUCAAGGUGGUCCAAAAGAUGGUGGCAUCCUUCCUCGUUCUCUUGAUAUGAUCUUUAACCAUGUCAGAGGAAGGCAAUAUACAAAGAUGAACUUAAAGCCAUGCUUCAGUAAUCUGAUCAAGCAACUAAAUGAUAUGCAGGUGAAACAAGAAGAAUCCCUAAAAGCUGCACUUUUUGCUUCUUUGAAAGAGGAUACAGAAAAUAUGUGGAAGGCUCCCUCAUCUUUGGAUGUAUCUGACUUGGCUUCUAUUAGCUGUAGCUCACCAAAUUUUGCUUCAGAUAAAUUAGAUCCAAAACCUGAACUUGUGCAUUCUGAGCCCUUGGACAAGUGUCAAAGGACCCUGGCAUCUGUAUGGGUUUCUUUCUUUGAAAUAUACAAUGAAUAUGUUUAUGACCUACUGGACUUAAUACCAGCAUUGAAAAAUCAGAAACGCAAAAUUUUAAGGAUCUGUGAGGAUCAAGGAGGAAACUCUUAUGUUAAAGACUUAAAAUGGAUCAACAUAAAGAGUCCUGAUGAGGCUUGUAAAAUACUUAAAAUAGGAAAUAAGAAUAGAAGCUUGGCGUGCACUAGGAUGAAUCAGCAAUCAAGUAGAAGUCACAGCAUAUUUUCUAUCCGCCUGCUCAGCCUGAGUGAUGAGGACAUGCCAAGUAUUCUUGGAGUCUCUGAACUCUCUCUGUGUGACUUGGCUGGGUCAGAACGAUGCCAUAAAGCACAAACCUUUGGGGACAGGCUUAAAGAAGCAGGGAAUAUUAAUAAUUCUCUUCUUAUUCUUGGAAAGUGCAUUGCAGCUCUGAAACAAAAUCAAAAUCCAAAAUUAAGACCAGCCUAUAUUCCCUUCCGAGAGAGUAAACUGACACGCUUAUUUCAACCCUUCUUCUGUGGUAAAGGCAAAGCUUGCAUGAUCGUCAACAUUAACCAGUGUGCCUCUACAUAUGAUGAGACGCUGCAUGUAAUGAAAUUUUCUGCCAUAGCCAAACAAGUUAGUCAAACAUUUCAACACAAAAUGUUUGAUUAUUUCCCAAAAAAACAUUUUGAGAGAGAAAGGAAUUCUUCACUACACUUUGAUGAUGUUUCUAGUGAGCAGCUUCCAGAAGAUACUGACAUUUCCUCCUCUGAAGCAGAAGAAGAAAUAGAUAUUACUAUUAUGAGCCAUGAGGAUCUCUUGAAAACUACCGAGACCCUGAAGGACAAACUCAUUGCAGAAAGACAGAGCAGACUACUGCUUGAAGUGCAGAUACGCAAAGAGAUGGCUGAAGCAAUGUUUCAACAGCUGAUGGAAACGGAAAAAGCAUGGAGUAAACGCUUAGAAGAUUUGAAAGAAAAUUAUGAAGAAAAACUGGAAAGUAAAUUUGAAAUGUACAAGGAGGCCAUAAAGAAGCAUGCAUAUACAUGUGCAAUGGAGCAAAUUGAGGAACAUUAUGUUCCAAUAGAAGAGUUUCUAGCUGAACAAGCAAAGGUUGAGGACAGAGACAUGAAAAUACUACAGAUGAAAUUAAAACUUGAAGAACAAAAUUCCUUGCCUUCCAAAGGUCCUAAUUCAGACUCUACAGAAGGAGUGUUUGAUUCAGAUACUAAAUGCAAGGUGAUGCAGAGAACUUUAGAAGUUUUGGAGAAACAGUGUGAAGAAAAAGAUGAGGAACAAGAAAUCAAAGGCCUCCAAAACUGGGCUGAACAUGGCCAUGAUCUUGAAGCUACAGUAACUCUUCUGCAAGAACAACUAGAAGAAAGCAAAAGGCUCCUAAGCACAGAUGACCUUAAGUACCAGAAAGUCAAGAAGGGCUUCUUUGCAAAUCUGAAAUACACAGUUGCAGAUGUCCCUAACACAUCCAGAAGUAAAGAUCCAGAAAAAUCAGAGAGUUCACCUACUGCUUUAUACAGACUGGCACCAACUCAUAACAUAAAAGAAUAAAAGGGAUUUUUUUUAGGUAUGUUACUGUAGCUACUUCAGGUACUGGACUGAUUUAUCUAUCAUAGUUUUCCCUACACAGGGCAAAUGUAACAAAGCCAGUCAACAUGUAGCCUAACAUGGUGAAAAAUAAAAUGCCAAGUUUUGUUGAAGAAUCCUUGGUUAGUCUGCCACAGAUAUUCCUUUCUGCUCUAUAGUAUUAGAUUAUGUUAGCAUCAAGCACACUUUUUAAUGCACCUUUCUUGUGUUUUUCUUGCACUCUGUCAUGUUUUGGAACUUUUCACUACUAAGAAUGCAGAUAAUGUACAGAUCUUAAAAGGCAAUUAUUUCAGUUGCACAAUUGUUGCAAAACGUGUUAGCAAGCAUGUUACUCUGUUAUUGGACUGAACUGCUUUAUUUGAGAAGGAAUUGACUGGAAAUGUGUAGAACUGCUAUUUGAUAUAUUUCUUAAUAAAAAUUGUUUUCCAAUA